CUGUCAAAGAGCCGAUUACAAAAUCAAAACAAUCCAUGCACGAUUUGGUGCACAUUUUCGUGAUUUUAUUUUUUUCAAUAGUUCAAAUAGUGGCCAAGUAAAAAUGUCUUUUGUAAAUUUCUCAAGCAUUCUCGUGAGAACACUUCCUCGGUCCAUACAUGCUGCAAACCAAACCCGGCAAAUCCACCGCUGGGUUGCGCCCACACUUCGCGAACUGAAGCGCCGCCGGGAGAAAAUGGGUCCGGAAGCGGCCCUAUCCCGCUCGGGUCACAGCGACUGGAACUACAACGCGGAGCUGUUUGCCUUUGGGAGGCGCCUCUCGGAGCAAUUUGACGCCAAGCUGCUGCAGCAAGCAUUUACCCACCGGUCGUUCAUUGCGCAAGAAGAGCAGAAGCAGGCCGAGGUGGGCAUUGAGCAGCCGGAACUGGGGCUGAGCGACAACGGAGAGUUGAUUGCACUGGGUGGGAGUUUGAUCAACCAGUACGUGGAAGCGUUUUUGUUGACGGCGCUGCCAAAAUUUCCACAGGAGGGAAUCGGUGCGAUUGUUGGCCACUUGACGUCGGAGGCGAGCUUGGCGCACGUUUCGAGCCAUCUUGGCACAAAGGACAUUAUUCUGGCGGCGACCUUCCCCGUUGAUCAAACGCUGCUAGCCGACACGAUAAAGGCUGUUGUUGGGGCGUUGCAGCGAUCUUCCGGAGAUGAAAGGGCGUUCCUUUUUGUUCGUGAUUUCAUUUGCACUCAGCUCAACCAGCAAGACGUGAACGAGUAUUGGACGAUUGAAAGGCCGCUCGAUUUGUUGAAGGAAUAUUGCCAUGAGAAGAAGCUUGGCGAACCUGAACCGCGCUCGAUUGGACUGGUUGGAAAGAAUACCCUGCUAGCCGCGCACAAUGUGGCGAUUUACUGCAACAAGCAGUUUGUUGGUUCCGGCUUUGGGGAAGAUGUGGACACGGCCAUCGAUGAAGCGGCACGUGAUGCGCUGCGGCAGUUGUUUGGAACGCAACUCAACAUGAAGCCACUCAAUUUUAGUCUAGGCUUUGAAGAGGUGGCCCGGAACAUGAGUCGUAAGGCUGCGAGCAAGCAAGCUUGAUUGGAUUGUGUUUUGAAAUGUGUUAGAAAUAAACGUACCAAAUAGGGAUUA